CCCAGAUCCUGCUUCUCUGGUCGCGGACGUCAUCGCUCCUUUUGGUCUUUGGCAAAGGCUCCAACUAAGCGGGCUAAAGUCCAGUUUCCCCACAUGCCUACGACCCUGCUACCCAGGUUUGCCGCCACCACCUAGUCGGUCACUCUAACUGACGGCUUUUGCUUCCUCUUUGCUUUCUGAUUUACCCCCCCCCCAUUAUUAUUAUUCGCCCCUCAGCUGUCCCUCCGAUUUUCAAUAUCAUCCAACUAUCGACUCUCGGCUUCAUCUUUCCCAAUCUCCAUCCAUUCCUUAUCCACAAACCCCCCCCUCUCCUUCCACCUCCACUUCCCCCUUCUUUUUCCCCUCGUUUUCUCCCCUUCUUCUUGAAAAAAGGAAAAAGGAUAGAAAAGGAUAAAAAAAAUUUUGAAUACAGGAGGGAGAAAUCAGCAACAACGUUGAAGGAUUCGUCUCGAAUAUUGUCGUUCAUCCUUGAUCCAAUAUGGCGGAAUUCGUGCGUGCCCAGAUCUUUGGAACCACCUUCGAGAUCACCAGCAGGUAUACAGAUCUGCAGCCGGUGGGAAUGGGUGCCUUUGGUCUCGUAUGCUCCGCAAGAGACCAAUUGACCGGUCAGCCCGUCGCCGUGAAGAAGAUCAUGAAACCGUUCAGCACCCCGGUCCUAUCCAAGAGAACCUACCGCGAACUGAAACUGCUGAAACACCUGCGACAUGAAAACAUCAUCAGCUUGAGCGAUAUCUUUAUUUCUCCCCUGGAAGACAUAUACUUUGUCACAGAACUUUUGGGAACCGACCUCCAUAGACUCCUUACCUCCCGACCGUUGGAAAAGCAGUUCAUCCAGUACUUCCUAUACCAGAUCCUUCGUGGCCUGAAAUACGUCCACUCGGCAGGUGUCGUCCAUCGAGACCUGAAGCCCAGCAACAUCCUUAUCAAUGAAAACUGUGACCUUAAGAUCUGCGAUUUUGGUCUCGCCCGUAUCCAAGAUCCCCAGAUGACCGGCUACGUUUCGACACGAUACUACCGCGCCCCGGAGAUCAUGCUUACAUGGCAGAAGUACGACGUGGAAGUGGACAUCUGGAGCGCAGCCUGCAUUUUCGCGGAGAUGGUUGAGGGAAAGCCCCUCUUCCCCGGCAAGGACCAUGUCAAUCAGUUUUCGAUCAUUACAGAGCUCCUCGGAACUCCGCCGGACGAUGUGAUCCAGACCAUUUGCAGCGAGAAUACUUUGCGAUUCGUCAAAUCGUUACCCAAGCGGGAACGUCAACCUCUGGCGAACAAGUUUAAGAAUGCUGAUCCCGACGCCGUGGACCUCCUCGAGAAAAUGCUCGUCUUCGAUCCCAAGAAGAGAAUCUCCGCUACCGAGGCGCUCGCACACGAAUACCUUGCCCCCUACCACGACCCCACCGAUGAACCGGAGGCUGAAGAGAAGUUCGACUGGUCUUUCAACGACGCCGAUUUGCCCGUGGAUACCUGGAAGAUCAUGAUGUACUCGGAAAUCCUGGAUUUCCACAAUAUUGACCAAGGCCCCGAUGCCGGUCAAGUCUUUGGACCCGUCGGAGACGGACAGCAGGGGUUUGCAUGAGAGGUUUCGAUUAUUGAUCCCAUGAUGAGGAAGUUUUCAACCUUUCCUUUUACUCCCCAUAUGACAAAUGAUCCAGCAGGCACGGGUGGUCUGCUUAUUGUCAUUCCACCUGUCCAGGCCUGCCCCGGUUUAUCACCAUGCUUCUGUGAUAAUUUUGUCGGUCACCAUUUUUUUCAGGGCGGAAGAAAGUAAUGUGUAAGUGGAGGUUUUAACCAUUCAUGCUAUUGUUACUUAGUUAGAGUUGGAUGACCUGGGAGUUGAACGCGUCUGUAACACGAUCAAACCACCUUGACAUCUUCUGUUGAUCAUCUAUAUUAUAUACAAGCACAUGUGAUAUCUGCCGUAUGGAUCAUGGAUUCGUUGCG